AUGGAAGAGAUCGAGCGGAUUCAAGUAGCAAACUCUCAAGCCGCUGCUAUGGUGGCGCUAUAUCAAUUAUCAGAGACACCUAGAGAGUGUGGUUCACGACCUGGCCGUGACCCAAAUGUCGAAAGAGAUAGAGAAGUCCGAGGUCAUUUUCUCCUGAAAGAUUAUUUUGUCGAACGUCCAGUGUACGGCGAAGCAGAUUUUCGGAGGCGGUACAGAAUGCAAAAACAUGUCUUCCAAUGCAUAAUGGAGGACCUAUGCAACUUCGAUAGUUUUUGGGGGCAAAAAGAAGAUGCCAUUGGAAAAAUGGGAUUUCUUCCCGAACAAAAAAUGACAAGUGCCCUGAGAAUGCUUGCGUACAGUGCAACUGCAGAUCAAUGUGAUGAGAUCACUAAGAUGGGGGCUUCUACGGCGCUGGAAUGUCUCAAGAAAUAUUGUAGACAAGUCAAGUUUCUUUAUGCUGGGUAG